AUGGAGGAGACAGUGGUGCAGCCCUCGGUGUUCGUGGUGGAAGGGCAGACCAGUAUCCCCUUCAGGAGGCUGGGGACCAGCAAAAGGAAACAGCCCUGCGGUGCUGCCCCGCUGAGCCUGGGCCUCCUCCUGCUGCUGCUGCUGCUGGCCGCGGUGGCCAUCCAGGGCUGGUUUCUGCUGCGGCUGCACCAGCGUGUGGGAGAGAUGAGCAGCCCCCCGCUGCCGCCGCCGCCACCGCCAGCGGCACAUUUGACAGGGGCCAACUUAAGCGUGACGGGCCUGGUGCUGUGGGAGACGCAGCGGGGAGUGGCCUUCUUGAAGAACUUCAGCUACCACGACGGCGCCCUGGUGGUGAAGCAUGUGGGCUACUAUUACCUCUACUCCAAGGUGCAGGUGGCCGACAAGGACUGCCCAAAGGAGGCACUGCCCAUCACCCACACCCUCUUCUUGCGCACACCCCGCUACCCCGAGGAGCUGGAGCUGCUGAGCAACCUGCAGUCACACUGUCGGCGGACAGCUGGCUCCCACACCUGGUGGCACAGCAGCUCCCUGGGCGGAGUGGUGCAUCUGGAGGCGGGAGACAAGGUGCUGGUCCGCAUCAAGGCCAGACAGCUGGUCGGGCUGCGAGACAGCGCCCGGUCCUACUUCGGGGCUUUCAUGCUGUGA